AUGCGAUUAGGUGUUACAGGAACUUUCAAGGUGAAUGGAGUCGAUUUGAGGAAAGGAGAAGCAAGUUUGCCUGGUGACACUGAACCCAACCCUAAGCAAUUGAAUGUUGUGAGUACCAGAAGUGGGCUACAACAAGAGGAACUAGCUUUAAAGAAGAUAGAUGUUGAAGUGGUCAAUAAAGAAAAUAAACAAGAAGAGGUGGUAAAGAACUCCAAUGUUGAGAAGAAUGUUCCUCUAAUGAAACCACCCCGUCCGUUUCCACAAAAGUUCAGAAAGAAGAAUGAAGAUGAAUGCUUCGGUAAGUUUCUGUCUCUCCUUAAACAGGUUCAGAUUAACCUUCCUUUGGUUGAUAUUUUGCAGAGAAUUCCUAAGUAUGACAAGUAUGUAAAUGAGAUAGUGGCAAAAAAGAGAAGGCUCACAGAGUAUGAAACGGUAGUACUUACUGAGGAGUGCAACUCUCAAAUUCAGAAAAGACUACCCAAGAAGUUGAAGGAUUCGGGUAGCUUCACAGUUCAAAUAAAAAUUGGGCAAAGUGUCCAUGCCCGAGUUUUAUGUGAUUUGGGUGCGAGCAUUAAUCUUAUGCCGACAUCCUUAUACAAGAAACUUGGGUUGGGGAGUCCGAAACCAACCACUGUUAUUAUCCAACUAGCUUAUAGAUCCAUUGCUAGACUAGAAGGUGUAGUAGAAGAUGUGUUGGUACAAGUGGGAUCAUUGAUCUUUCCUGUGGACUUUGUGGUUUUGAACUUUGAGACUAAUCCAGAGGUCCCAUUUAUUCUAAGGCAUCCUUUCUUGGCCACUGGGCGAGCAUUGAUUGAUGUAGUAGUUGGGCAGUUGACUAUGAGGGCACACGAUAAGGUUGAAGUAUUUGAUGUCUAUCGCGCCUUGAAAUUGCCUUCUGUCUAUGAAGAAUUGUCUGCCAUUACUGUUAUAGACCUUGCAGUAGAAUCACAAUUCAUUGCUUCUGUGGAUCCCUUGGAAAGAGUCCUGAUAAGACAUGACAUAAGAGGAAGAUACUGA